CCCACGGCCCAAUGGCAGCGCGCGCUGCGGCCCCCGCGCCGCAGAGGAGGCCCCGCCUCGCGCGUCGCUGCCGCCAUGGUUGGCCGGGAGAAGGAGCUCAAGAUCCGCUUCGUGCCGGGGCGCUGCGAGCUGGUGCAGGAAGAUGUCCGUGUUCCCAGUAGGCGAGUUUUGAUUACUGGUGCCACAGGACUUCUUGGCAGAGCGGUGUUUAAAGAAUUUAAUGAAAAUAAUUGGAAUGCAGUUGGCUGUGGGUACAGGAGAGCUCAGCCCAGAUUUGAACAGGUUAAUCUUCUGGACUCUGCUGCAGUUCAUGGCAUUAUUCAUGAUUUUCAGCCUCAUGUUAUAGUGCAUUGUGCUGCGGAGAGAAGGCCAGAUGUUGUAGAAAGUCAACCAGACGCUGCUUCUCAGCUCAAUGUGGCUGCUUCAGGGAACUUGGCCAAAGAGGCAGCUGGAGUUGGAGCAUUUCUGAUAUACAUUAGCACAGAUUAUGUAUUUGAUGGAACAAGCCCUCCUUAUAAAGAGACCGACGUACCAAAUCCCCUGAACUUAUAUGGUAAAACCAAACUGGAGGGUGAAAAGGCAGUGCUGGAAAACAAUGAAGGUGCUGCAGUACUUAGGAUUCCUGUUUUGUAUGGAGAGGUAGAAAGACUGGAGGAAAGUACUGUAACUGUUAUGUUUGAUAAAGUGCAGUUCAGUAAUAAAUCUGCCAACAUGGAUCACUGGCAACAAAGAUUUCCUACUAAUGUCAAGGAUGUAGCAGCUGUUUGCAGACAGCUAGCAGAGAAGAGAAUGCUGGACCCAUCAGUAAAAGGAACAUUUCACUGGUCUGGCAAUGAACAGAUGACCAAGUAUGAAAUGGCGUGUGCAAUUGCCGAUGCUUUCAACCUUCCCAGCAGCCACUUGAGGCCAAUUACGGAUUGUCCGGUUGUGGGUGCUCUUCGUCCAAGGAACGCUCAGCUAGACUGCUCCAAGUUGGAGAUGCUGGGAAUAGGUCAGAGAACACCAUUUCGAGCUGGGAUCAAAGAAUCUCUUUGGCCUUUCCUUGUUGACAAGAGAUGGAGGCAGACAGUCUUCCAUUAGUUUGUAACUUUUUUAGUAGAAGUAUGGUAUGUGGCACUUUUUUAAAAAAAAUUAGUUUUGUAUGAGUGCUCCUAAAUUGUGACAUUGAUGAGUUUUCAUUUAAUCAGGUAAACACAUGGUCUUGCACUAGUGAAAUCAUAAGCCUGAAAAACGUUCAGUGAUGGAAACUGAGGUUGUCUGAUAUCUUGAAUCUUUCUUUUCGUUUGUACCAGUCUAACUUCACAUCUGUUACUAGUGAAUUAUGAUCCUUAGCUGUCGCUACCAUUUGAUGCUGAGAAUGACUCAGAUCACUUGUAGAUUUACUUUUGGCUGAGAUACUGUUGAUGCUUAAGGUCUGCGCCAUUGUUGUAUAUAGCAUUCCUCUUCAUUAAAAGACAUGGUCAGUUACUUUAUCACCACAAAUCUGAGUUUUUUGUUUUUAACUUCUGAAAGUGGCGUUCUUACGAAGUUCAACUGAAGUAGGAAUUAAGUGUUUGUUUUGCUUGAGCUCUGAUCAAAAUGUUUUUUAAAAAAGUGAAACUUUAUUUUUGCAACUCUGAAGUGUACUUUUUAUGCUUGAAAUAUUUUCAGAACGUUCUGUAACUUGAAUGCUUGCAGCUUUAUAUUUGUACAGUAAGUUGUAUGCACUUGUUUUAAUCGUCACAGAUAAAAGCUAAAGGAGGGUUGGGAGGCUGGAGAAAAAUUGUUUUGAUCUAGUUUUUCUUUGGGGGGUUGGAAUUGAUCGAUAUGUUUUUUUUUAAUAUAAAAGCAUGCAAUAUCGUCAUCUUUUUUUCUUGGUUGGUAUUUGGGAUUGGGGAAAUUAGUGGGAGGAAGGUGGUUAUUAGUCAGUACAUGUGGCAGCGAGGAGUAAGGUAUUUGAAGAAUUAGUAGCACUGCAGCUUCUUUUGCACAGACUGUCCAAUCUUGCACUGAGGUAGCUUCGUCUGGAAUAGCAGAGUGCAUGUGUUGAAGGUUUGCACUGUUAUAACCACAAUAGUAAAAUAUAAACCAAUCUUUAAUCUGGUUAAGUCUAGUCCUUACAGUUGCAUUCAGUGGAGGAAGAAGAAGGUUUGUAGCUGUUAGCUUCCUUCUGAAGUUGUAGAAUUAACAAUUAAAAUGUUCUGAGAUUGUCAGCAGAUGAUUAUUGAAGCUAAGAAGAGCUGCACUUGGAUGAUAAUACUUUUUUUGUGAGGUUGAUAUGAAGGGGGAAGAUGUUCAGCUGUAAUUUAUUUAUUUUUUUAAAAAAGGGAGGGAGAGACACAAAGAUAGAGCAAGUGUAAAUCUUGUAAAAGUCAGCUUUACAUUCACUCCUUUAAUUUCUAAAUGGCGUAUCCUAAGAGUUCGUAAUCCUGAUCUGUUUUUAGUCUGAAGUCUUGGUAAACGUAUGGUCACCUAUCUCCAACAUUACAAUAAAUAUAUAUUGCCAGCAUGA